GAGAGCGUCAAGGCUUCCUUGACAGCCAUUUGUCACAGUGUGUCAUCGCAUUAAACCACUGAGGCAUAACCAGUUGGGUUAGCCCUACCAGCGUGUCGACUGCCAUUACUCUGUACCGUGUUAGCAGUGGAGAGUUACCUUGGAUGGAACAUUGACACAUGUAGGCAAAUACUGGGAUUCCACACUGACAUAAACCAACUAAUGUGAGUGACAUGGUUGACCUCCCCAAGAAGGCAUGCUACACUGUAGAGCGCUAGACACCGCGGCUCUUCUCCUGCACAUCCUAGCGAGCAUUUCCCACUUACAAGCCGUGCCGAGAUUCCCCCCUCCCCCAAGGCGGGCAGCUCAGCAACAGGUGCCCGUUAUAUGCAGGGAUGGGUGGACCCCAGCUGUGGCAGAGAAUCUAGACGGUGGACCUUCUACAUACAUUUGCAUACAGACAAACAUAAAGUCGUUGCCAUGGGAGCAGUCACUUGAUACCUGCAGGGCGAAUGACGCAUUUUUGCUAAAACUUGACAAGCGUGUGAAGAUUGGCUUCCAGACUUUGGAAGAAUACAUUACUGACCAAAAUUUGGACACCUUCUGGACAGGUCUGCAUGAAGAAGAGACCAAGUUCGUCUGGGAUGAACUGAACCCGUCUCUGGUAGAGUCAUAUGCCGGACCGCAUGCAGGUUAUGGCAAAAUCAAACGGGGAUGGAGGUGGAACACGGACUCAUUUGAUGACGUCACUGGAAAGUGUGGAGUUAUCUCCCUUAACCACACACUGUCGAGACGGAAGAGGGCGAGCAAUAGCGAUUAUGAUGAUUACAUGCAAGCCCGUCAUAAUGUUGACCUUGACCUUCCUGAUUCAGCGCCAUCUGGUUUCCGUUUUCCCGGCCUUCAUUACCCUCCCGCCACUCAUCCCAGAAGCAAAGAGGUGUAUCCAGUCUUCCCGGACAACCUGAACAGCGCCGAGAUUGGUCAUUUCCCGGUGACCGAUGCUCCUAGCUUGACCACCGUCACGGACAGUUCAAGCGAAGAGGACAACAAUGACUUGGAAGAUGCUCCGAUUGUGAAAAGGAGUACAAUGACAAAGAUGGAUGUGACUGAACUACCCUCUUCUGAUGAUGAUCAAGCAGACGAAACGACGUCAACGACAACAGAACCGAGUGCAGAUCCGUCAUCAACGAACACAACGCAUGUGGCAACAACGACUCCCUUUAUAGUCAGCACUACACAGAGCACACCCUCUACAACAACCACUGAACCUAGACAGCUCACAAGCACUGAACUUAUGGCUGGGUCAACGUCAGUUUCAAACUCCAUCAACACAACAACAGCCGUCACUGCAUCUACAUCUAUUCCUACAUCUCCAUCUACGACUUCUGAGUUACCAUCGCUAUCCACUUCAGCACCGUCAAAGACAACUUCAUCUUCACAAGAAACGCCAUCGCUACAAACCGCCACCACAACGCCAACGGCAACUUCAUCAGCGACUUCACCCACUUUCACCCCAACGACAUCGACAAUUAAACCAUCUGCUCCAAAGUCCACCUUCCCUACAUCAACAACUGUGACAUCAUCCACGACACCUUCAACUCCUACAUCCUCGAAACUAUCGACAGCAUCAUCGACUACUUCGACUCCGUCGACUUCAACACUUGAAACUAUGCAAAAUAUGGAAAUAACUAGGGGUUCCGUUCAAGCCGGCACACCUUUUUCUGUCCGCACGAGUGACGUAACUCUGCCUUCAUCGGCAGCAAUAACGACAGCAACACCAUCAGCAACAACAGCAACAUCAACUGCAUCAACUACAACAGCAACAUCAGCAACAACAGCAACAACCCCAACAACACUAAAAUUAAACCUGUCAACAUUAACUGAAAAAGUAACGCACCCCCCACUGCCCUCCACUGACGCUUCGUCAAAAACAGAAUCAACCACGUCCAUUCCUCCUUCGUCAUUGCCUCACCCGACAUCAACAACAGCAACAUCGACUACGACAAGUGCUCCCGUAUCACCUGACACGCUUGUUCGAGUUAUGGGUCACACUGAAAGAUUAACAUCGAGUGUUGGGCGUCCGCCGACUGGUCAGGUUGUCCAGUACAUGAGCAUGGACAUCUGUGACCGCCCACAUCCCUCCGUGUGCUACUCCGAGCCCAUCACAGCCCUCCGGCAAGUGUCUUUCUGUGGGUUUGGCUGGGUCGGACAUCCCUUUGUCGACAAAUGCUACAAGGUGCUGACCUUUCCGCUGAAUCACUUCCGGGCCAAGGCAAGGUGUAUUGAUGAGGGCGGGACUAUGGCGACGAUUGAUGGCGGGACUGGACUGGCGGACGAUUGCCGGUAUUCAUCAGAUUUUUGGUGCAGGUAUAAUAUGGGCAUACGUCUGACGAACUGGACUGAUGAUAGUUAA